AUGUAUCCCUCAUCACUUAUAUUCGCCAUGCAGCACCAGCAUCGACACUGUGUUAUUGUAAGGGGAAACACAGUUCAUGUCAAGGCCAUUCGGUCAUUUCGAUUGUUCCCUCUCCUGCCUCCAGAGAUCCGACUAGCUAUCUGGACGGCAAUAGCAGACGAACCACGAAAUAUCGAACUGAGUUGUACACCUACUUUGCCAGGAAAGCCUCAUGGCCAGUGGUUCUCUCACACCCUUCCGCCUAUUCUUAUGUCUAUUUGCUCCGAGUCCCGCUCUUACGCCCUCUCGCGCUAUUCUUCUUUGACAUUUUCGGAAAGUCAGCUUGGAAAUCCCUGCAAGAAGACUGUUUACAUCGAUUUCGAAACGGAAGCUCUCUGGUUAUGCGGCGAUCUCCAUCCGAAAUUCGCUGCUGAUCUGCUGCUCAACAAUCAACAGUUGCAGGAAAAUUUAAAGCACAUGAAAAUAGACGCUUUUCUUUGGAGGAAGCUCGAGGCAAUGGGAUCUGGCCCUACCAGAGACGGUGGCUACGAGUGGCCAGAUGCGAAGGCUUUGGUUCACUGCAGCAAAGAAUUACAAAUUACCACUUUUCACAGCUAA